CAGUGACAGGCAUGUCCGCUCGCAGGUAGCAGUCACCUCAGUGUGAAGGUCCGAGCCCAGGAGGUGUCAGGAUGAGGAGGGCCCAUGUUCUCCUGUUUUUGGCCUGGGUGUCCAUUCUCUUCUAUUCCGGCAUCUGGAUUUUCACGAGUGGCUUCCUCCUGAUGCGCAUUGAGCUGAACAACCAAAGCUCAUGCUCUGAUCUCCCCAAUUCUAGUCCCCAGGGGCCCCUCCAGCAACAUCCAGGCGCCUGUUGGCUUCCUCGUAGGUUUGACAAGGCUGUGAUCAUUAUCAUUGAUGCACUAAAGUAUGACUUUGCCAAGUAUGAGCCGGGAGUCGCUGACCCCAAGCUGUACCAAAACAAGCUGCCAGUCAUCCACCAGCUCACCCAAUCUCAGCCCAGGAAUGCACUACUGUACCCUUUUCGGGCAGACCCACCAACCACGACUAUGCAGAGAAUUAAGGGCAUGACUACAGGGUCGCUGCCAACGUUUGUGGAUGUGGGCAGUAACUUUGCCAGCUAUGCCAUCCAAGAGGACAAUCUCAUUCAUCAACUUGUAGAGAAUGGGAGAAGAGUAGUCUUUAUGGGCGAUGACACCUGGAACGGACUCUUUCCAAAGAAGUUCUACAAAUCCUACUUCUACCCCUCCUUCAAUGUAAAGGACCUUCACACUGUGGAUAAUGGGAUCCUACAGCACCUCUAUCCUACAAUGGACAGCGGAGACUGGGAUGUUAUUAUAGCGCACUUCCUUGGUGUGGAUCACUGUGGGCACAAACAUGGUCCGGACCACCCAGAGACUGCUAAUAAACUCACACAAAUGAACCAGGUUAUCAGCUCCCUGGUGGAACAUCUAGAUGAUAAGACACUGUUACUGGUGGCAGGAGACCACGGUAUGACGGACACUGGAGACCACGGAGGAGACAGUGAAAAAGAAGUUAUGGCUGCCCUGUUUUUGUACAGCAAGUCUCCACUCUUCAGUCAUGAGCUGAUAAAGGAACCAGGACCUGUCCCUCAAGUGGAUUUGGUCCCUACUCUAUCCCUGCUGCUUGGGCUCCCCAUUCCUUAUAGCAACCUGGGGGCCAUUAUGCCUGAUCUUUUCUCUUGGCCUGAAAAGGAGUCCCGUGUCUCUGCUGCCUUGACCCAGGCAUCUGCUUUCCACAUCAACGCCCUGCAGCUUGACCGUUUCUUGCACUCCUAUUCAUUGGCUGCCGGCGAUCUUCCUCCUGACAAGCUGAGAGACCUUAAAGAACUUUUUUCAUCCUUGACAUCGGAGUAUGAGCAGCUGAUGUCUGAGUGGAGCCAGGGCUCUGGGACUGAAUCAGAGUAUGAAACCCGCCUGCAGCAUCACAUACACCAAGUCCAGCUUUACCUAGUGCAGGCCAGGGCAAUGUGCAUGGAGUCCUGGGCUCGCUUCCAUCCUCUGCGUAUGAUAACAGGCUGUGCCAUUCUUGCUGCUUCUUGUCUUCUCUGCUACCUAGCUGCUGAGGCUGGCAUGGCUCUGGAUCUUUCCAGCAAGUUUUUGCUUACUUAUCCCUUAUUUGGGGUUCUGGGUGCGGGAGCCCUGCUGACUUUUGGAAAAUGGCUAUCCCUGAUUGAAUGGGACUCUUUGUCUUUGUGGCCUUUAGUUAUUGCAGCCUCCCAGCUGACCUUUUUCUACAGUUUCUGGAAGCAGAAGCAAUUGUCUGUCAGACUGAGGUUACGCCGGAUUUCACUUUUGUUCUCUGGCCCCUGUCUCAUUCUGAUCUUCCGCUGUGGAGCCCUCUUCUCAGACAGCUUUGUUGUAGCCGAGGGGCACGUGGCUCCUUUCCUUCUCAUGUCCCUUCUGAUACUGACCGUUUCCAAGUUGCACUGGGAUGGCAGAUUGAUUAUUCCCACCUUGAGUCCCCUGGGAGGUGAUUCCAUGAAACUCACAUUGUCGGCAGGAUACAGAAAGGAUGGUCCUCUGUUGUUGCUUCUUCUGGGGGCCUUGACUCUGUGUGUGCGGCUCUCUGGCAUCUUUCAUAACUGUCGUGAAGAGACUCCCGACUGCCACCCUUCUGUCUUUAUUUCACCCCUAUCCAACGUGAAGGAUCCUCAGUUAAAAAACCUCUCUUAUCUGGGCUGUGUUGUGUGUCUGGUGGCCAUUGUAUACCUGGUAAGGAAGUGGCUGCAGCAUUAUGGAAACCUCAACAGCUCCUCUGCAUUGGUUCUUUAUAUACGUUGGGGAUUCCCUCUUAUAGCAGUGUCUAUCUCUUGCUACUGGGCUUUGAGUGCUGGGACGGAGGAUAGCCUAGCUAGAUUACGGGAUCUCACACAACUGGCUCUUGUAGCUUUUCCUAGAGCUGUUUAUUCACUUGCAGUCUUGGGUUUUGUAUUUCUACUGUGGAACCCUGUGACUGUAUUCAUGAAAAGGACUCAGGACUCAGAUGCUGAUAAUACUGUCACUACCUACGGCGGAGCCCCAGGAUCCCAAGCAGAACUAUUGCACGUCAUCCCUCAAAUCUACAGGAAGAUGCAACGCACAAUAAAAAGCCGCCUCCAUCAUGGAACGGAUGAAGAGGAAGAAAAGAAAGGGGCUGCUAUAGAAGCCUAUGGCCUCGGCAGUGUGUAUUCGGCAGCCAUGAUUGUGGUUCUGUUUCUGCUCACCUUGGUCCUGCUUCUGCUGCAUAGUGAACGGAUAACUCCAGCCUUUCUCAUUCUGCUUCUGGAAGCCUUUGUGAUUCUGCAUAUCCACAGCCAUGUGCAGAAUCUUUACUGUGCACCUGACAGCUCAGGCCAGUUCUCUGUGCCAUGGUAUGCCGUUAUUGCUUGGGCCCUUGCCGGAACGCAAUGGUUCUAUUCCACGGGCCACCAGCCUGUCUUCCCGGCCAUUCACUGGAAUUCAGCCUUUGUAGGGUUCCAGGAAGGACAUGAAAACAACAUCAUUCCUGCUGUUCUGGUGGCAGCCAACACCUUCUCUGCUCACAUCUUGUUCUCAGCUGGAUCCUCUCUCCUGCUGUUUUGGCCGUUCCUGUGUGAAACUCCCAGUAAGAAGAAGAGAGGGAAGAAGGAGACAGAAGAAGCGCCUCUGAUGGAAAUGAGGCUGAGGGAAAACCCAGACAAGUUUUCAGGGGCUCUGCUACAACUGGGUACCAAGUACCUCUUCAUUCAGGGAGUGCAGCUUCUGUCCUGCGUCUGUGCAGCCAUGAUCCUGCGAAGGCACCUCAUGGUCUGGAAAGUGUUUGCACCAAAGUUCCUGUUUGAAGCAGUGGGUUUUACGGUGAGCAGCGUAUUCCUGUUCCUGGGGAUCGUGCUGGUGCUCCGGGUGGACAACGCAGUCAUGUCUUGGUUCAAGAGUCUCAUCCUCCAGCAGCAGAGGUAGCAAAGAGCAACUGCCACCUGAAGGCCAAACCUUCUCAUCUGAGCCAGAACUAAGACUAAAUAUGGCUGCCUGGGUCACUGACCCUCUUGUAAUGCAGCCAGGCCAAGGGUGUUGCCAUUAAGGAGAAAAGUUGCGUAUUCUCCACAAUAAAUCUGAGCCCCGUUAUUAGGGACAUAUUUGUACAGCAGUUUAUUCUUACUGUUUGUUCCUGAUGGUUUCACUGCAGCCUCCAAUCAGCUGCUUCUGCCAACCACAACAUUAAACUAUAAACAUUGCCCUGAGCCAGUGCGACUAUGUGGGGAGGUUUAAUAAAAACUUUUUCAUA